AUGGCGGCCCGACACAGUCUGUUCCGUAGUGAUGAGGAACUUGAAUCGAAAGUUUCGAGCGCUAACAAUAAUUCUGACUGCAGUUCUUCCUGUAAUGACGAAGAUGAAAGCCCAGAGUAUUAUCCUGUUUAUGAGAGCAAACAAAUCGGAUGCAAAGUACUCCUUAAAAAGAAAUCGACCGCGCUCAAUAUCAACAAGGAUUGUGAAUCGGAACCAUGUACCGGUAGGUCUACAACCAACAGUCAUGAUGAAAAUAAUGCGGAUGUAAGAUCACCUACUGCUUCUGGAAAAUCUAAUCCACCUAGUAGAGUCCGUUAUGCAGGAUCGUCGGUACCUCUUGAACAAAAGGAUACUGUAGAUGAUCAGGAAAAAUCAAACAAAAAAGUUUCGUCCAGUCCGUCGCCCGGUCCUUCCGAUCGGCACGUCUCACCGUCCCAGUCACCAACGGAUGGUGCAGACAUCCCACCUGACAACCUUGCCGCCGAACAGGCUCCCACACCGGACGCUGAGGAGAACAGUACUUCUUCACAACGCCUGUUUGACAAUUUCAUUGUACCCACCGACGCCUUCGAACCAGGUCGACGCUCCUCCUUGCCGUCGUCCGUCACUGAGGAACACGUGCGCAAACAACGCUCGCCACGUAGGCGCAAACGCCGUCGCCGUUCACCCACGGGCUCUCAGAGCGUUGCCACCCGCGACGACGAAGACGACACCCAAGCAGCCGACAUUUCCACGCAGAGGUCGGCGGACAACUUUCACGAUGAACAAGACGUUUCGCAGGACGGGACCACUAUGGAGGUCGCCACGCACAAUGUAACGAUCGGUGCGCCGGUUGAGACGCCAGUCUCCCCGCCGACAACUCCAGAUCUCUCUCACCACGACGCAAUUCCCAUGGACAUUGGACAGACCCACGGCACAGGAGCAUGGGCCGACGACAUUGAGGAAGGUACGCCCCCUCCUCCGGAUGAGUUGCCUCCGCCGGACGAGGCUGCCUGUUAA